AUGCUGCAGACCUUCAUGGACAAUGCUACCGACCGUAAACCCUCGCACCUAUCUCCCCCCGGCAAGGGUCUUGAACGCUUCUCGCCGGCUUCAUCGACCGAAGUCCCGGCCGUCCGCCCUUCCUCUGCCGACAACGACUCCAACGCCGAUGCGAACUCGACUCCAGCCGCUGGGGCUACUCCAGCUGACACCCCACGUCGGAAGGGAGUUCCGGGUCCUAAGCCUGGUAACAAGCGGGCAAACGGACAGACCGAGCCCAGCGCGCGAGCUAGAGGUAGACCCGGGCCUAAGAAGAAGCCGCGACUGGAAGAAGGUGGCGACGCUGCCAAAGCCGCGGCUGCAACUCGACUAGGCCCUAAGGCCAAUACUGGCGCUAUCAAUGCUGGACUUCGUGCCCUGGACCGUACCGGUGCCCCCUGUCGCAAGUGGGAGCGUCAGCCUCUAAAGCUGAGAAGCUUUACUGGUAUUCUCUGGCAGCUACCUUCAUGGCGUGGUCACAGCUUCGGCAAGUCUGAGUCUGUCGAGUCCAAGGUUGCUGUCCUAGAGAGCGGAGAUAGUGACACCAAGGCUGGGCUUACUGCUCCAGGUACUGAUACCCUCAAUGGCAGCAGUGCUGUUCCCAGUGAGAAGAGUAACUCGGGUGAUGGAGAUGGAGAUAGCACACCUGCUCCGUCGAACAUUGUCGGGCCUUCUUCGCCUGCCAUCGCUAUGGCUGCUUAG